UCUCCCUCCCCCUCUGACAAGAUGGCGGCUCACAGGGGGUGGCGGUUGGUGUGGCAAGGCUGUCGGUUGCUGCACACCGAGCCCUCCGCGGCCCCUCAGCCUCCGGCUCCGCUCUACCCGCCCGUGGUCGCCUCCCACACGGCCAAGAGCAAGUCGGCCAAGCGCCGCCGGCUGGAGUAUUUCUACCAGCAGGUGCACGAGGCGCCCUCCAUCGCGGAGAAGCUGCGGAUCUACGGCCGGCUGCAGCGGCUCAAGUACGUGGUUUACCCGCAGACCUUCUCCCUGAACGCGGACCGCUGGUACCAGAGCUUCACCAAGACCGUCUUCGUGCCGGGGCUGCCCCCCGCGGGAGCGGAGCCGGCGGGAGCCGGGCUCCCGGAUCUGAGCGAGCUGCGUUCCCUGGCCUGCGACGCGCUCCUGCAGGAGCAUUUCUACCAGCGCAAGCGAGAGCGACCCGUCCUCUACCGAGAGCAGCAGCACGUCCCGGCCCCCUUCCUCACCCAGCUGGUCUCCUCCCUCACCGCCGCGCUGGGCAGCCGCAACCCGCUGCUCACAACCUCCUGCUUAGAUUUAAAACCACAGGUUAACUUCUAUUGGGAGCGCGGUGAGACUGUUGUUUGUCGAGGCUAUCGAACUGGUAGAAUUGAUCCAGUGAGAUUUCAGAUAGAUGACAUACCACAUAUCCAGAUCCGUGUGCCAAAACAGCUUCCAGAGUUUGUACCAUUAGAUUAUUCAGACUCUGGAGAAGUUCCUGUUAUUAAUCACAAACCAGACAAACUUCCAUUGUUCAAAAGACAGUAUGAUAACAAGAUAUUUAUAGGAUCAAAAGUGGCAGAUCCAUGCAGCUAUGGUCAUACGCAAUUUCAUUUGAUUCCUGAUAAACUGAAAAGGGAGCGAUUAUUAAAAGCAGACCUUGCUGAUCAAAUUGAAGUAACUUAUCGAGCUAAUGGUAUUGCAAGUCUCUUUGCUUGGACUGCAGCACAAGCUAUGUAUCAAGGAUUCUGGUGUGAGGCAGAUGUGACCCGUCCCUUUGUAUCGCAGGCUGUGAUCACAGAUGGAAAAUACUUUGCUUUCUUUUGUUAUCAGCUGAAUACCUUAGCACUAACUGUACAAGCUGAUCAAAAUAACCCUCGGAAGAAUAUCUGUUGGGGAACAGAAAGUAAGCCCUUAUAUGAAGCUGUGGAAGGCAAUAACGUAAAAGGUUUUAAUGAUGAAAUUCUGCUUCAGUUAGUUCAGUUUCUGCUAAACAGACCAGAGCAAUUGUAAAUUAGGCUACCAAAGGGCUCUGUUUAAAUGCUUUGGCUUCAUCGGAAGUCAAAUGAAAUAUGAUGUGGAAUGGUUCUUCAUGCUUAUUCAAGGAUUGCUGUGUGUGUGUGUGCGCACACACACAUAUACAUCUGACUAAAUAUUACUGUAAACAAUAAAAUGUAUUGUGAUCUUUUGAGGGGCUUAUUCCCACACAAUCACCAAAAUAUGUGGUGUUGUACAUCGAAAAUAAACAUAUAGAAUAACUUAA